AUGUAUUAAUUGGUUUCAACUUACUUUCACCUUGUUCCUCUCUUCCUCUCUUCCUCUCUUUCCGUCAACGACCCGAAAACCUCUCUUCUUGUUCUUUAUCAAUCCAUAAGUUCAAUUGCCGCCAAUCAAUUUCCCGCUCAAAAUUUUCCGAUCUUCUCUACUGAAAGUCAUCGAUCGGACGAUGUAGGAAGAGUACUAGGAAUCCGUUGCCAUUUUAAAUAUCCGCGUUUCUAUCUCUUUCUGCAACUCAGGCCUCCGAGCGUAGUAGCGGAGAGGAGGCCAACCGUACGAAAUACCUAAACCGCGAUCCAAUUGAAUAUGCGGAGUUCUCUACCGUACUCUGUGAAGGAUGUUCAUUACGACAAUGCUAAGUUUCGACAGAGAUCCUACUUCAAGGUGAUGACUCAGAAUUUAUUCACUGGUAGCAGAAAACGUGAUUAUCUAAGUUGUAGUACGGGGAAGUUUCUAGUAUUACUUUUGAUAUUUGGCUUGGCAUAUCUUUUAUUGACAAGUACCACUCCAGGCGAUUUUGUUCCCAAUCAACUGGACAAAGUUCGUGAAAAUAAUCAGAAAGGAGAGUUCAAGAAUAAUGGUGGCAUCAACUUUAGGAAUUUAUGGAGAAAACCUCCUAGGCUUCCUCCUAGAUUACCACCAGAUGAAAAAGGUAGCAAUACUAGCUACCACAUCGAUCCAAAUACAUUAAUCUCUGAGUCUUUAUGGAUUUCAAGGCAACAGAAAGUUAAGGAUGCUUUUAUCCAUGCAUGGUCCGGCUAUAAAAGGUAUGCAAUGGGGCAUGAUGAACUCAUGCCACUGAGCCAGCAAGGAACUGAUGGGUUAGGAGGUUUAGGUGCUACGGUUGUGGAUGCCCUCGACACUGCCAUGAUUAUGGGUGCAAGUGAUAUUGUUUCUGAGGCAGGCUCAUGGGUUGAAAAACACCUUCUGGAUAGAAUUAAGGAAAAAGGUCAAGUCAAUUUAUUUGAAACUACCAUACGUGUUUUAGGUGGUCUUUUAAGUGCAUACCACUUGAGAGCUGGAGAAUAUGGGAAGACCUUUGAAAAUGAAGGACCUAAACCAGCAGUUUAUCUAGAAACUGCUAAGAAUUUGGCUGAUCGUUUGCUAAGUGCUUUUACCUCCAGUCCAACCGCUAUUCCUCUUUGCGAUGUUGUUUUAAGAGAUUCCUCGGCUCAUGCAGCUCCUGGUGGAUUAAGCAGUACAUCCGAAGUUUCCACUUUGCAGCUGGAAUUUAAUUAUCUUAGCACUAUUUCAGGCGACCCAAAGUAUUCAAUUGCUGCUAUGAAGGUUUUGGAGCACAUGAAGAGCCUUCCAAAGUUAGAAGGUUUGGUUCCCAUCUAUAUUAGCCCUGAUUCUGGUCAAUUUAGUGGAGAAACAAUAAGACUGGGAUCCCGUGGUGAUAGCUACUAUGAGUAUCUACUCAAAGUGUGGCUUCAGAAGGGAGCGAGAGAAAACAAUAAUCUCACUUAUCUACAUGAUAUGUACGAAGAAGCCAUGAAAGGUGUUAAGCAUCUUCUUGUUCGGAAAUCUGUCCCGAAUGGAUUGGUUUUUGUUGGAGAAUUGCCUUAUGGAUCAAGUGAGGCCAUUAGUCCAAAAAUGGACCACCUGGUCUGUUUCUUACCCGGUACCCUUGCUCUUGGUGCCACCAAAGGCAUUAGCAAGGAAGAAUCAAUGAAAAAAAGCUUGUUGAGCUUUGAGGAUCUGGAAAAUCUAAAUCUGGCAGAGGAUCUGGCAAAAACUUGCUUUGAGAUGUAUGAAGUAACCGCAACCGGUCUUGCCCCAGAAAUAGUUUAUUUUCAUACUGAGGAAUACUCUGAAGGCGGCCAUGAUGGCGGAAACAAGAAUGCGAAAUAUAUUGAUGACAUAAUAAUCAAGCCACCUGAUCGUCAUAAUCUGUUGCGGCCAGAAACGGUCGAGUCAUUAUUCGUCCUGUAUCGUAUCACUGGUGACCCAAAGUACCGUGCAUGGGGCUGGCAGAUUUUCGAAGCAUUCGAGAGGCACACGAAGGUUAAUACUGGUGGAUAUACAUCACUGGACGAUGUUACUACAGUUCCUCCCCGGAGAAGGGACAAAAUGGAGACAUUCUUUUUGGGGGAGACUCUCAAGUAUUUGUACUUGCUUUUUGGAGACAAUUCCACGAUUCCGUUGGAUAAAUAUGUGUUCAAUACUGAAGCCCAUCCGCUACCAAUUGAAACCAACAUUCAGAAGUGAUACCAGAUUUACGUUUGACGUAAAAGUUUAGCAGAUAAUCAUUAUAGCUCACGGGAAAAGUCACGGGGAAAUGGAAGAGAAGGUAUAACUUGCCAAAUCAGUCGAGGAGCAAUAACAGGUUUCUCCAUAAUUUACCCUUUUAAUGGAAUUAUAAUUAUUUUUUCGAAAUAUAUGGUUUUUGUUUUUCUAGUCUCGGAAUCAUAGUCUAGCUUACAGACAAAUUUGAACCAUGGUUAAAUUUGUGCACAUGCAACCAUUUUUUCCAGUUUUUUCAUCAAUUAAUUGUUUUGAAUUACUGAGUUGAAUAUGAAUACGAACUUGUAAAA